AUCUCUUUCGUCGGAGACAUUUGAUUUUUAUAUUUAGACGACUGCAUUGGUUCUGACUGAAAACAGAAUGGUCAUCCUGUUGAUAAUUUUCAUUAUUGUACAAUGCGCUACUUGCAGUCUACAUGGAGCUGACAUUUCUCCAAACAGGUUUAGUCUCCGGAAGUUGUUGCAAGAAAAUGUUGGUGGUUUUGCUAAUAUCACAAACGCAACGACACCUGCAUCUACACCAGUACAGAGGCACUCACUGGCUAUCCUCCAAGUUGUAGGUGAUGAGGGGCUAGUUAAAGAUAAAGUGUCAACCAAUGAGAACAUUCGAUUAAGAGUGAAAGCUCUUACAAAACCAGACUACCAAGCCCCAUUUGUAAAGAAAUGCUGGUAUAAUCAGUAUGAAAGUGAACCUUCCGACGACAUUGAACCUUCGAAAACAGAUGUAUUUUUGAAAAAUGGAUGUGCAGGUGGAGAGGUGGAUCUAAUUAAAAGCGAGUUAGUACCAUUUGAAGAGAAUGGCGUUCUAGAGGUACACACAAACUUCUUCAAACUGACGCCGCUGUAUGAUGACCAGUUUACAUUUUUGGACAUCCGUUGUGAAGUUGCUCUCUGUCAUUUACAUACAGACUGCUAUGUCACGUGUUCACAAAGGCAGAGUAAAUGGAGAAUGGAUAAGGAAGCGAGAAACGUUGAAUUGUCGACAGUUAUUGAGGUAGAAAAGAAGAAGUCGACACGUAAACCUCCAGCCAUUGAGGAAAAGAAGGAUCUUAGGGAUUUCCUUAUAAGUGGAGGUAGACAUCCCCCUCCCCCUAGGCCGGUUCCCAUUACAGAGGCCCCUUUCCUGAAGAAAUAUCAACAUUACUUUACGGUCAGCACACUCGGUGUUUGUGCACUUCUCUUAUUGUGUGUGAUCGGUAUAGGAUUUAUGUUCAUUUCAUAUAAAAACAACAAGGAAUGUGAUAAAAUGGAGCAGUUUUCUGGUUACCUGCCUGGUUACUUUGACAAGAUGACUGGAUUGCAAACUAUCAUUGGAACCAGUCAAAAUGGAGAGGACGGUAGAGUUAAUGAACCCAGUCCACCCCCAGAGUAUAAAAGUUCUUCCGCCUGGCCAGGAGCUGACUUUAAUCUGAGGAGCCCUUACAGAGAUUCAGGUGUACUGACUCCUAGUGAAGCAGCAGUGCUAGAGGCACGACGACUGCUUAGAAAUAAUCCAAGUCCACCUAGAAUGCAGAAACAUGUACAGAGACGACUUGCUCUUGAAGGCGGACAUAGAGGUUUAUAUGGAUGUGAAAAUGAAGCUGGAAGAGCACACAGAAAUCAGCCUUCAGCCUGGAACGAGGCACCAGAGCGUUUCAGGGAACCAGCCGAUAUUCCCACCUCACCUGUUGGUGGGGAAUGGUACCCAGCACCAAGCGCAAGGAUUCGGUCCCCACAGUCUGAGCCGUUGCUUCAGAAGAGUCCGUUGAGAGGUGCGGGUAAAACUUCUUCGCUGAUCAAUAUGGCGCUGAAGGAAUACUUUGAUAAAUAUGGAAUGUGACGGUUGGCAUACUCAAUGAAGUCUCCAGACAUCUACACUAAAACGUUUGUUUUUGACACAUGCAUUGUUUGUACUGAUUGUUAGUGUUUCAUACUUUGACAAAAUCUUGUUCGUUUAAUAUUCAAAUGUCUUUUUUUUUUCUUAUUGUAUUUAAAGUAUGUAAAUCUACAUAGUUUUGGACCUUUUAACAAAUAUUUUCCUGUGAUUACAAAAUGAGAAAUGUCACUAAAUAUAAUAUCACCAUUUUUCAGCAUUACAUUUAUUGUUUACCCCUGUACCAAAAAAAUUUAUCUACCUUGUAUACUAGGCCCUACUUCCUGCUAACGGAACAAAAUUGUUCAAAGCUUUCAAAUAAAUUUAAGCCUUCAUAAGUGUAACAACAGUGAGCUGUCCACAAACAACGACAAAAACAAUCAUAAAAUUUGAAAAAUAUGAGACUCCAGAGGUAAAGAAUGAAAACAAAUUUGGGCACCGAGUGGGGGAGGUGUUUGGGUGAUGAGGCACCGAGUGGGAGGGGUGUUAUGGCGGUUAUAGGCACCGAGUGUGAGAGGUGUUUGGGCGGUUACCCCUUGUUGUAAGCUUUGUACAGAAAUUUAUGUAUGGUAAGCCAUUCUAUUACUUUUAGUAAUCUACAUCUUUUUAUAGUCGUAAGCAUUCUGAUAAAGAGAUUUUAAAGACCUUUCCAAACAUAUGUAGGUUAAGUAUUUAAACAUUUUAGCGAACAAGAUUUCGUCGACCGCGUAUCAGUGCCUAAAUUGGAUUAAUAAACUGUUAUGAAAACAAUGUGUCUGUCUAGUUUAUUUUAGGUCUGAAAAGGCAACGUGCCCUUGUAUUAAUGUCAAAGAUUUUGGAAGUUAAAAAGAAUUUUCCCUUGCUGAAAUUGUAAAUUAAUAGAACAAUAGUGAUUUUGUGAAAGUCCUGUAGUUUAUAAUAAAGUGUGAUGUACAUCUAGA